ACCAAAUAAAAACAUUAGUUUGUGUUUUGGAUCGGUAUGAAAUCAAUUAUGGCGGAGAAAGUGUACAAUAAACACAAUUUUGGAGAUCAUGACAAGGAUGAUUUUGUCGGUUCAAAAUGGGGCACAAGACACAAUCAGUGCAUUCUAUUGUUCUUCACCCUCACCAUUGCAUACAGUAUGCGCUCAUGUAUGGGUGUAGCGCUAGUAGCUAUGACCUUGCACGAAGACCACCUUGCCGUGGUCAGUGAGAGCAUCGUCAACGUGACUGACAGUAACAUAACUGACAGUUACGUAAUUGACAGUAACGUAACUGACAGUAACAUAAUUGGCAGUAACAUAACAGAUGGAAAUGUAAUAGACAGCGAGCAGUUUCGUGUCAAUGGAUUCUUCAAUGCGUUGUUACUGUCACCUCCGUACCCCAGUUUCCGAUGGAGCAAGAAGAUCCAAGACACGCUAAUCUCCGCCUUCGUCUGGGGGUAUAUGACGCUGCAGGUCCCCGGAGGUCACCUGGCUUACAAGUUCGGAGCACGAUACCUGCUAUUCGGUGCUCUUCUGAUCAACUGUGUUCUGGCCCUACUCUUCCCUAUUGCUUGUUACUACGGAGGUUGGGUAUGUGCUCUCAUCUGCAGAAUGGGACAAGGCCUAAGUCAAGCCUGUAUUUUGCCAAGCUUUCACACAAUUCUCGGCAAAUGGGCUCCCUUAGAAGAAAGAGGACGUUUGAGUGGUAUUAUUUAUGGAGGUCAAGCUCUUGGUACAGUCUUGGGUUUACCUUUGACUGGGUUCAUAGCCUCUUCUCCAUUGGGUUGGCCUGGCACGUUCCGUUUCUACGGCAUCCUGAGUGGAAUCAUCGCGGUUAUUCUAUGGAUCUACCUAGCAGACUCUCCGGACAAACAUAAAACCAUAUCAGCAGCUGAAAGAAGGUAUAUAGAAGAUGCGUUACGACAGAGAACAGAUAAGAAACUCGCGGUGCCAUGGAAGAAAAUCCUCACUAGCACUGGCAUGUUAGCCAUCGUCAUAGGACACAUCGGCAACAACUGGGGACACCUGAUCCUGUACUCAGAAGUUCCAGCGUAUAUGGACAAGGUCAUGGGAGUCAACAUCAAAGCUAAUGGUCUUCUGACUGCCCUGCCUUUCGUAAUGAUGUUCGUAUUCAACUUCUUCUUCAGUUGGUUGACAGACAUGCUAAUCGUGAAGAAGAUUCUCAACGUGACGCAAACUAGGAAGAUGGCCAACUCUAUCGGUUGUGUCCCAGCCGCUAUUGGAUUCAUUAUCCUGGCGUAUGCGCCGAAGAACAUUUACAUUGUAGAGAGCAUCCUGGUCGCUAUCUGCUGUUUCAAGACUGCUACUACCGUCGGCUUUAAUGUAAAUCACAUCGACAUUUCCCCCAACUUUGCCGGUGUCAUGAUGAGCAUCAGCAACUUCAGCUCCAAUGCUGUUGGAUCUUUUGCGCCCAUCGUUGCUGGUCUUAUCCUUACAGAUGUGAGUGAUGAACGUCUUUGGAGAAUAGUUUUCUUCAUCGCAGCAGGAUUCUACUUUAUCUCAAACCUGGUUUAUGUGAUCCUGGGAACUGGAGAACUGGCUGACUGGAAUGAUCCUACGCAGUACGAGAGAGUAGCUUUGAGUGACAACAUACAUCUCAAGGUAGAAAAAGAUAAUAAAGAGAGCAGUGACGAUGUUAAUAAAGAUGACAUGACGAUUAUAGGAAGUGGGGACAAAACUCCUGAAGUGCAAAUAAAUGGGAAAGUAUAGAUAAAUUUUAAGAUACUUAGUUUUAUUGAUA